ACGUGGCAAUGCGCAUGCGCAAACUCUAACCGGCUCUGACAGAGAAAGAAAGAAAGAAAGAACGGUGGAGGGAACGCGACGUUUUUCAAAGAAUUAAGGUCUAAAGUAUAGAAAUUAUCGAAUUAUAAUGGGUUUGACAAUUUCGUCGAUUUUCGGGAGACUUUUCGGGAAGAAGCAGAUGAGAAUAUUGAUGGUGGGUUUGGACGCAGCAGGAAAAACAACGAUACUGUACAAACUGAAGCUCGGCGAGAUCGUCACUACAAUUCCUACCAUCGGGUUUAAUGUGGAGACUGUGGAGUACAAGAACAUCUGCUUCACCGUGUGGGAUGUCGGUGGUCAGGAUAAAAUCCGUCCUCUGUGGAGACACUACUUCCAGAACACACAGGGUCUGAUCUUCGUGGUGGACAGUAAUGACAGAGAAAGAGUGGCUGAAUCUGCUGAAGAGCUCUCCAAAAUUCUGCAGGAAGAUGAGCUGAGGGACGCCGUGUUGCUGGUCUUUGCUAACAAACAGGAUCUGCCCAACGCCAUGCCAGUCAGUGAGCUCACAGAUAAACUGGGCCUGCAGAGUCUGCGCAGCCGAACGUGGUAUGUUCAGGCCACGUGCGCUACACAAGGAACUGGGCUGUAUGAAGGACUGGACUGGUUAUCCAACGAGCUGUCCAAACACUAGUGCUGUCCAUCACUUCACACACCGAGAGAGUGAGAGGGCAUGCUGGAGUUUUCAGAACAUUAAUCUACAGACUGUUCUAAAGAGAGAGAGAAAGUGUGUGUGUGUGUGAGGUGUGGUGAUGAGGAGCCAUGUCUUUCUUGACUUUUCUAUACUUCAUUCCUCUCCUUUUUGCUGAAGCUGAACCACAGUGAGUGUUUUAUAUGUGAUGGUGUUUUAAACUGCGUGUUCCCUGAUGUGUGUGAGAUUUUUCAAACCUGACCACCUUCACAGUUUAACAUCAGAGUAACUGCUGCGAGUUUUCACUCUCAAUCCUCUAACCACUCUGAACUUCCUUCAGUUGAAAACAGUACAUGAGCCAGUCGACAUAUGAAUCUGGAAUGAUUGACAGUCACGUAGGUGUUUUGAUAUCUCCAACAUUACCUGACCCCCCUGUAGAAGCUCCGCCCCCUUCCUCAUCCCUUGUUAGUCCUGCUGAAAAGAUUUUCAUUAAACUAAAACAAAAUCCGACAUUACACACUAAUUAUAUCUAAUGUUAGCAUUAGACGGGAUUUAUUAGGAAUUAACUACAGAUUUUUAGACCAAAAUAAAUAAAUUGACAGACAAUAGUGUCGGCUCUGCUUCUCAUCUGUUUUAGUGAAAUAAAAAAGAAAGUGUUCACAUAAACCUUUUGAGGUUGGAACUAAAACAGAUGAGUGCAGCUUCUCCCCUCCAAAACCCCCCAAACACACACACACACACACACACACACGAGUGAAUUGUGAAAGGAUGAUAUUAAAAAAAAUGAACCUGUGUGUUCUUCCUCUCCUGAGGUGUCAGGUCUGCUCUGUGGAAACAAAAUUUUCUGAAUGUUGUUUAUUUUUAGUUAAUUUUUUUACUCCUGCAGUGCAUUUCCAGUGAAAAAUAAACUAUAGGGUCCAAGCACACUUCUGAGUUUCCAGAUCCACAGUAUAAAUAUUUAAACAGUUCAGUCAGGAUGAUGCAGAAUUUCCUUCAUGCACGGAUUAGUUAAGUUCACUUCCUGUCUUUGAGAAACCGUCUUGCUUCUCCCAGCCUGAGCUCAUAUUGCAGAAUAAACAGCUGCAACUCUGAGCACCUUUUACACACGUGUGUGUGUUUCAGAGCGUACUCGUCUGUUAGAUCAUCACCUUGACCUGUCCAGGUGUGUAGCUGUAAAUCUGACUCGGUGCAUGGAACACAACAGCCUCGUCCUUCUGUGAUGCGCGUCAGAAACGACCUGAAGGACAGACCGUUAUAACGCAAUAACAGGAUGUUUUGUGAUGUAAUGUGAUGUGAUUUCCCUGUUCUGUUUGAGUUUUAAUGUUAGCUGAAAUGUUCGUUUCAUGUCUGCUGUAGGAACUUUCACUACUCCUUUUCUUAAAUAAAUUUGUUCCUGAA